AUGUCAAUUGUUUCAUCAGGAAUCCCAUUUUCUACGCCGGAUGAGAAGGUUGAAGAAUUCUUCACAUUCUGCGGUAAAGUGAAGUCUAUUGAAGUGAUCGAUAAGAAUGAGAAGAGUAAAACUGUUGAAGUGGAGUUUGUCAAUCCUUCUGCUGUUUCCACUGCAUUGUUAUUGAAUGGUGCUGAGUUGAAUGGCAGUACCAUUGAGGUGAAAGAGAAAACCGCAAAGAAAAGUGAUGAACCUCCAACUUAUUCGGAUGCAACCAAAGCAACUCAGAGUAGUAGUAGUGAAUCAGGUGAUAUUGCUCAAGAGGAGAAGCCAAAAACGACGAUCGCAGCCGAGUACCUGGCUAAUGGAUAUGUUUUGUCAGACAAACUGGUUCAAGGAGCUAUUGAAUUUGACAAAAAGCAUGGAUUUUCUGGCACUUUCAGAUCGUUCCUUAAGGGAGUUGAUGAUAAGUAUCAUCUUCAUGCUAAAGGUCAAGAGGUCAACACUAAAUUGGGACUUGAAGAAAAGCUGGAUCAGGGUCGUAGAACUCUUGAUUCUUAUCUUGACAAGUUCAAAAAGGACAAGUAUGGCUCGAAAAUCAACCAGUUCUAUACUAAUGUGGCUACAGAUGUGACACAGGUUCAUGAAGAAGCCAAGAGAAUAGCUGCAGAAAGGGAAAAGAAGGCUGAAGGCUUUGCUGGUUCCCCAGUAAUCGAUCCAACUAUCAAUACGAUUGGGCCAAAUUCCACGACUGCCCAGGCUGCUGGAGCUGUUGCUUUCGAGGAAGAUAAGAAGUAA